GGCCACUGGAAAAAAAUGUUUUCGUUUAUUGUUAACAUGAGCAUGGUGGCAUUUGCCAUAGUAAAUGUUCCCGUUUCUAUUGCCACUAUUCUGCUGAAUAUUUUUUUUGCCUACUGUAUGAUUUUUUCUCAGAAAGGACCAGCAAACAGCAUAAAACCGCUGCUUAAUGUAUUACUGUGUUCUCUUAUUGGAUGCAGUCUUGUUCUUAACAUUUUAAACCUUUUAUUAGUUUAUUCCAACUUUUUCGAUCUAGGUUCAUGGAUUCACAUUUUUUUAGAGGCCGGUCUUCUCUUUGCCAUGUGGACUGGUUUUACUGCCUCUCUUGCUCUGAAUGUGUGUUUCUACUUCCAGAUAGUUCCUGUACGGCGGCCUUUUUUGAUCCGGAUAAAGAAGCACAUCAGACUCUUUGUGUACUUGGCAUUAUUUGUCGACAGACUCUUCUUUCUGUCUGAAUUCCUUGUACGCGUUAUCUUGGAACUUUCUGCAAUGAACUUGAAUUCAACAAUUCAUGUGAACAUCACCAGUGAAACACCAGAUUUAGGAAUCUACAUAUUAACACACAUAGACUUUUGGAUGAGAUGUUGCUAUUUUUUGCUUUGUCUGGGCAUUAUGCUGGCAUCGAGCGGUGCGACUGUUGUCUACUUGUGGAAUCACAUAAAGAGAAUGGAGAAGAAUGGAUGCUCUUUCUCUGCUCUUCGUAAAAAGCAACAGAUGAAAGUGGCAAUCUUGGGCAUUAUACAUGGUGUCCUCUUCUUUCUCGCUUCAGGGUGGCUCAUGACAGAAGAGCUCUUGUCGUAUUUUGCUGGUUUUGUGGAUCAGCAGGGCCAUUUGAUUUGCACUGUCAUGGCAGUGUACUCUCUUGGAUCAGCCAUCCUUUUAGGUGUUUCUCAGGCAAACUUCUUCAAAAUGGCUAAAAAUAUUGGCAGAAAACUACAAACCCUGAUAUGUCAUCUUCUCUAA